AUGGAGGUCAGGUCGAGGAGGAAGCCCUACGGGGAGAAUGGCUCAACCAGUGGACCCACUAUUCCCAAGGGAGAUGUAGGGAGCGAUACCACCACGAAGGACAAUCUCAGAAUGGGCGAUGAUCACAGGGUCGACAACAGCUCUGAAUUCGAGUUUGGAGGCGUCUGGGGUACUGGGCUUGCUAUGGUCUUCUUCCCGCUGCUCAUGUGGUACAUGUGGGUUGGCCAGGUCUACUACAAUUCUCAAUUCCCGAUGCCAGGGAAGGAAGAGGCAAUUGGCAAUUUUGUACGCAAGGUCGCUAAAUUGGCUUAUGAGUGCUCAUACCCUACCAAGAAGGCUUGGUUGGUCUAUUGGGGCUUCUUGGCCUACCAGAGUUUGCUAUACCUCACACUGCCCGGUGUCUGGGCCAAGGGAAACCCAAUUCCUCACAGGAACAACGUUCGUCUCGAUUACUACUGCAAUGCUAUAUGGGCUUUCUAUUUCACUACCGCCACUGCCAUUGUUUUCCAUGUGGCUCAAAUCCUCCCAAUCACCUUCUUGGUGGACGAGUUUGGCUCCUUUAUGAGCGUUGGCAUUCUCUCUGGGAUCCUUGUCAGCUUCAUCGGGUAUUUCAGCGCAAUAUAUCGGGGUGCUCAACAUAGGAUGACUGGGCGGUUUGUCUACGAUUUCUUCAUGGGCGCUGAGCUGAACCCCCGUAUCUUUGGUUUAAUGGACCUGAAGAUGUUUCUUGAAAUCAGACUUCCCUGGUUCAUCCUAUUCCUUGUGUCUUGCGCGGCUGCCGUUAAGCAGUACGAGACUUUGGGAUAUGUCACCCCCCAAGUUGCUUUCUUCGUUUUGGCUCAUUGGCUGUACGCCAACGCCUGCAGCAAGGGAGAGGAGCUGGUUAUCACCACUUGGGACAUGUCGUACGAGAAGUGGGGUUAUAUGCUCAUCUUCUGGAACAUGGCUGGUGUUCCUCUGACCUACUGCCAUGGUGUUCUUUACCUCGUCAAGCACAAUCCUUCUGUCUACCAAUGGUGCACUGGUGUCAACGUCUCCCUCUACAUCUUCCUUCUUUGCGCGUAUUAUGUCUUCGACACAUGUAAUAGUCAGAAGAACAGAUUCAGACAGAUGGAAAAAGGAACGCUCGUUAUCAGAAAGGCCUUCCCUCAAUUACCCUGGCAGACCCUCAAGAACCCAAAGUUCAUCAGGUGCAGGAAUGGCGGUACUCUACUCACGAGUGGAUGGUACGGCCUCGCCAGGAAAGUUCACUACACGGCUGACUUCUGCCAACUGACUUCCUGGGGCUUGAUCUGCGGUUUCUCCAGUCCCCUCCCAUGGUUCCUGCCCGCCUUCUUCAUGGCUAUGAUUCUUCACCGCGCCUGGAGAGACACCGAUCGGUGCGCCAAGAAGUAUGGCGCUGACUGGGAGGAGUAUAAGAGACAAGUUCCAUACCUGUUUAUUCCUUACGUUAUUUAA